AAUAAAUGUAAAUAAAUAAACCCCAAUUUAUUUUGUUUUGUAAAUUUAAGCAGAAUAUUUUGUUUCUUUUCGAAGUAAUGGGUUCGACAAAAUGCUGCAGAAUGUGUCUGAACUCUGAAGACUUGCACCCAAUAUUUUAUUACCCAGAACACUACGUUAAAUACACAAACAUAAUUUAUGAUACUGCCGGUAUUAAGGUAGAAAUAAAUGACACAUUAUCUCAUGAAAUUUGUUUACAUUGCAUAAGAUUUAUAAAUAGGUCAAUAAACUUUCGUAGAAAAUGUGAACAGGUGCAGGAGAUAUUAGAAAAUAAAUGUAAUAUUAAAGUUUUAAGCAAAUUGAAGAUAGAUCCAGAUUUGACUAAUAUAGAUAUUGCAGAUACAUUGAGUAAUUCAGAUGAUGAUUUUAAGGAUUAUGAUGACAAUAUUACUUUAGAUACAUUCCAAAUUAACAAUAUACCAACAGAAAAUGAUAAAGCAUCACAUAUUGAAAAGGAGGAAAUGAAAGAACAAUUUAUUGAUGAAAGUAUCGCUUUUGAUAAGAAAGAGAGGAGUUCAGUUCUUAAAAGAGUGAGUCGUAAAAUAAAAAGCACAGAUGGAAAAGAAAAGAGAAAUGGCGAUAGAGGCGAAGUGGAGUGUGAAUAUUGUCAUAAAAUUUUAACAUCGAAACUGUCUCUACGGAAUCAUUACAAAAUACAUACUGGCUUUGAUGUUGUUUGUGAGCAUUGUGGCAAAAAGUUCAUAACACGUCGUUUAUUAUUGAUGCACUGCCGAGCGAAGCACGGGUAUGAGAAGACCGAUAAAUGUUCAUACUGUGACUAUACUGCUUCUAACGCAGAACAAGUCAAGAUCCAUGAAAGACUGCAUACGGGAGAGAAGCCGUACGUAUGUAAGGAGUGUAACGCCGGGUUUCACAGAAAGAGUAGCUACCUGCAACACGUUGCUAUCCACUUGCCCGAGAAAACUGUGCAGUGCGACCAAUGUCCGGCGCGUUUUAAGUCAGUAACGUUAAUGAGAAUACACAAGAACCGGCACAGAGCGCCACAGUACAGGUACAAAUGUGGCAUUUGUGACAACAGUUUCGCGAGACGACGUAACGCCGCUCGACACUUGCAAAGAGUCCACGCUAUGUCGCCAGACCAUCACAUCCACAGGCAGAAUAUCAACUGAGAACAAUGUUAUAAAGUUCCAAGGGACAGACCAUAGUUUAUUAAUCUAUGUCUCAAUAUAUUUGAGAGAUUGGACUAUAACCUGGUGGCCGAACAACGGAUACUGAUUCUCUCCGUUCUCCAGCAGCACUCUUAGGCUGAAAAGGUUUUUAACUUUCUAGGAUUGCCUUGUUUGGAGCUAAAAGAAAACUACACCCCCAACGUAGAGGCUAAUUGCGAAAAUAACCCAGCUAAACUAACUAAAAUAUAUCCUAUGACCCCGCAUUCAGAAUGCGUAAAAUUGCCUACCUUGUGUCUUUGCCGGCAAGUGGUUUGGAAUUUGCUUUUAGAUCGAAAGUUAGAGAUAUACUCGCAAAUAUUUCGGAUUAGCCCAACGAGUUUAGAAGCGAUCGUAUCAAUAGAUUUUAUGUUGUUUUCUACAAGCAAAAAAAAGGUACAACUUUAAUAAAUAGGAUAAUACUAGAUCACAAAGUAAAAUCAAGAACAAAUGAAGAUCAUGAAACAAAAAACAUGAAGGGGGCUGGGUUUAGAUAGAAUCAUAUAUUAAGUAAAUGGAUUGCUUAUUCAAAGAUAAAUCCAUUGUAUUUUCCUUUAUUGUAUAUGACGUAGUAUUUAUACAUCAUUAUUAAGCUUAUAA